AGCCUGUAGGCUUGCUUUUACGACAGUAGAAACCCCUCUUUCACGGAAGCACCCUUGUCGCUUUACGAUAGCAACAACGAUGGCGGCUUCCGGUGGCAGAUUUGAAAGUGAGAGGAGCAUCGAAGAACGUAAAGAACAGAAGCGGGUCGCUCGGGCCGAGGUCCUGCGACAGGCUAAAGCAGAUUUUGAGAAAGAAGAGAGGCGUAAAGAACUUAAGCGACUACGAGGGGAAGAUACAUGGAUGUUAGCUGAUGUGAAUGAGAGAGUUGAACAGCUAUCUCAGGAACAUUCUCUGAAGAAAAAAAAGAAGAAGGAUAAACACUCUAAAAAAGUUAAGAAAGAGAAGAAGAAAAAGAGCAAGAAACAGAAAUAUGAAAAAAAUCAAUCAUCUGAUAGUUCAUCGAGUUCUGAAGAUGAAUGGGUUGAAGCAGUUCCAUUGCAGGUAACUGACACAGGAAAAGCCUGGAAAGUGAAGAAGGAAACGUCUGAUAAAACAGAAGAUGCGCAAAUUGUUCGGAGAGAUGAAUGGAUGACCUUUGAUUUUAUGUCUAUUAAAACUGUAUCAUCAUCAUCACUCAAAGAUGAAAAAGAGACUGCAAAGAAAAUAGAGCAAGAGAAAGCCCAAGUGAUUGAACAGUCUAGACUUUCUGAAAGAGAACUGAACCCGUACUGGAAAGAUGGUGGGACAGGUCUACCACCAGAAGAUAGUAAUCCAUCUUCAGCUGCUAAAGUGAUAGAAGAUGGUGGACUAAGCUGGCUUAAAAAAUCUUACCAAAGAAUGAAAGAACAAGCUGAUAAACAAAAUCGAAAAUUUGAGGAUAUUGUAGCAGAAAGAUAUGGGUCAAUGGAAACAUUUCAGUCGAGAUUAGAAGAAGCUAAAAAAGCAGCAUCAAAAAGUGACAGCUAUGGAAGAGAACGAUGGAGAAAAUCAAGAUACUCUGAUAAAGAACAGAGUGGACAAGAAAGUAAAAAAAACGUGGAGAAACAUGUUAUAGAUAGUACCAAUAGGGACAUUUGUUAUGAAUAUUCAGGUGGCAGUUAUAGCAAACCAAAUAUGACCAGUGAUCGAGUAUCUAGUAAAGAUAAAUAUAGAGGAAAAGAGAGAGACAGUGGGUCAAGAUUUAUAGAACCAGCUAGAAAUGAGUCAUAUCAACUGAGGAAAGAUUAUGAUUCAAGACAGAAACAAGAUUUUUCUCUACUUGGACAUUUCAAGCAUAAAUUCUUGAGGCCUUCUGAAGAUGAUGAGUUACCAUUUCGUAAUAGAGAUUCUGAAACAUCUUGCACCUCAGCAUUGUUAAGUCAAAACUCUUUGAGUCAUAGUUUUCUAAAACCUGAUGAAACCACUGAACAAAUUUCAUUGUCAUCGAGCCAUGAAAAGAGAGGAGGAGAGAAACAAAAUUCAGAUAAAAAAUUAGUUAAACCCAGUGGAAGUACUGAUGAUGUUCAAGAAAUUUCAAAGAACAUGAGAGGAAAACCACAGGAAGAAAAUACAAGUACUUUUCCUGAGAAAAGAGAAUUUCUACAGGAAACUAAAACUUCAUUUUCUGGAUACAAUUCAGAAGAUGAAGCUAUUUACCUCCUAAGUGAAGAUGAGAUGAAUAAACUUGGAGCCAAGAUUAUCAAGGCAGAAUUAAUGGGGAAAAUGGAUUUAGCAGUACAACUUAAAGCACAGCUUGACAAAGCACGCAAAUUAAAAGAAACAGGAAUUCGAGAAUCAACAAGAAAAUCUGAGAUGGAGGGUGAAAGCAUGCAAGAAGAACAGGAGGUGGUCCUUGUCAGAACAGAUCAUUCUGGACGGGCAUGGCCUAUAAGUUCACCAGGAGUACCAUCAGAACCUAAGGAAGGAAGAAGGAAAAAACAGAUGGUAACAACACACAUAGAUAAGGAGCGAGUCAGGUACUUUCAUGAUGAUGAUGACUUAAACCUAAAGGAUUUGGUUAAAAAUGAAAAGAUGGGAACAGCAGAAGAUCAAAAUAGAGUUUUCAUGAAGAUGGUAUCUAAGCUUACAGAAAAAACUGAUAAGGAAUAUUACAGUUUGGAUGACAUGUUUGUCUCAACGGCAGCCAAGAAGGAAUGUUUUGGUGGUGAUGAAGAGAAACAGAAGAAAAAAGCAAUCUUAGAGCAUCAGAAGCUUGCUGCACAAAUGGAGAAGUGUCCAUAUUGUUUUGACAGUUCUCAGCUUCCUAAGCACCUUAUCAUUGCAAUAGGCAUCAAGGUUUACUUAUGUUUGCCCAAUUGUCAGUCACUUACUGAAGGGCAUUGUCUGAUAGUCCCGUUGCAGCACCAUACAGCAGCUACUGUAUUAGAUGAAGAUAUUUGGGAGGAAAUCCAGAGUUUCAGAAAGGCACUGGUGAAGAUGUUUGAAGAUAAAGAACUAGACUGCAUCUUUUUAGAAACAAAUAUGAGUAUGAACAAACGCUAUCACAUGGUUUAUGAGUGUAUUCCUCUUCCAAAGGAAGUAGGAGAUAUGGCUCCCAUCUACUUUAAGAAAGCUAUAAUGGAAUCUGAUGAAGAGUGGUCCAUGAACAAGAAAUUAAUUGACCUAUCUACAAGAGAUAUCCGAAAGUCUGUACCCAGAGGCUUGCCUUACUUUUCUGUAGAUUUUGGCCUUCAAGGAGGCUUUGCCCAUGUCAUUGAAGACCAGCAGAAGUUUCCUCAUUACUUUGGAAAGGAAAUUAUUGGUGGUAUGCUGGAUGUGGAACCAAGACUUUGGAGGAAGGGAAUCCGAGAGAACUUUGAUAACCAGAGGAAGAAAGUGCUACAGUUUGCUCAGUGGUGGAAACCAUAUGACUUUACCAAAAGUAAAUGACUGUGGGAAGAAUGAGUUUAACUAACUGGAACCUUUUCAGUCCCUCCAGUGCCACUGCCAUUUUCUCAACAUGAAAAGACCAACCCUUAGGUCACAAAGAGGAAGAAUAAUAUCAAUAUAUUUAGGAAUGCGACAUGUCAAGAUUUGUUAGCCACCUGUGGCAGUUGUUGACCAGCACCCAACAUCACUGGUUUAUGCAAUUUCUUCACCUCCUGAACUGGAGAACUUUUCUAUAGUGAUCAAGGAGAAUGACUGAAUUCAUUGAGAAACCAGCCUAUGCCCUAUAUUUUGUCCUGGUAAGGACAUGUCAUUACCUUGGUGGAGAAUUUCUGAAGGAAGCAAAUCAUUGAUAAAGAAGAGUCUGGGAGUUCCUGAUUCCAAGUUACCACGAUCUCUGGUUCAUUCAAAGCAGUAACUGAAGUUUUUAUUUAAAAGAAAGGACAGCUAUUAUUUUAAACUAGUGACCUAUAAUGUCACUCAUUUAGUAUGUUAAAGGAAGGAGAAUGUCUCUAAAUGUAUAAAUGAAAAAUUAAAACCUGAUAAUUGUGAAGAUUGGUUGGCUCUCCACUGAUUGUAACAAAGAAGGUACUUGGCUCUUCCUUGAGUGUGAAGAUUAAGUUGUAAUCCCUUGUCUAUUUUUAGAUUUAAUCCCCAAAGUGUAAACAUGGCACUUAAAAGUUAAGUAUGGAGAUCUACCCAUUUUGGAUUUAACCAAAAAAAGGUAGGAACACCCACCUCACACACUGAGUGGGAGGUCUGUGACCCACCUGUGAAAGGGUGGUGACGAAUCAGAAUUGACUGGACUGCCUUCUGGGUGGUCCUAGAGCGGAGCAUCAACUGUGAUUGAUAGAUAUAAAAAUUAGGGGAAGUAACACAAGAGAAAAAUGUCUUUUAAAAAGAAAGUAACAACUGCCUGAAGUUGGUUUGACUUGGAACUCUCACUUAAUGAAAAAAAUCAACUACAUUUGUAUGAAAUCUAUUCAAGGUUGUUUUAAAUUCUUAAUCUCUUUCUGGAUACUCUCAGAAAUUGGGGCUACUAGAUAGCACAAAAUUUAUCCAUGCAUAAAUGUUGGUUUCUAUAAUAAGAAUAUCUGCAAAUCAUUAAUGGAAAAGACCCAAAAUGUAAAGAACAUCUCUGAUAUCAUAAUUAUCAAAACUACUUCACUUCAGAUUAUUGCAGCAGACACUUAUAAAAUGUCUACUGUGUAUGAGUCAUUGUAGAUUAAGCACAAUCCAAGCCCUUGAGGUGUUUAGAGUUUAAUAGAGAAAAUACACAUAUACAAAUAACUGUUACAAUAAGGAAAUUAAUGUAAAACAGAAGUCUUAGCAUAGAUCUCUUAACAGUUUGGAGGGAGAGAUUCCUAACAGUUGGGCAUGGAAGAAAAGAUAGAAAUGCUAUAAGAGGAUGAUUAGAUUUAGAUGAUUAGGCCUAAUUUAGGUGAUUAGGCCUUGAAAGAAAGGAAGUAGUUAAACAUGAAUGAUGUUGAAAAUGAAAAUAAGAGGAGACAUCCAUUCUGAGUGUGGAGUUUGGUAUGGAUGAGAGCAAGAGAGGAAAGGGAAGAUAGAAUAGUCCAGUUGAGCUGUAUUCUUGGGUGUGUAUGAAACAGGAACUUCUAUAGGAAACAUUCAAAUAAAGCUAUUGGUUCAUUUUCAAUUUUUUAAAAAUUUUAUUGUUGAUUGCAAGGUACUGUAUUGGGCACUGGAAAUAUAAAUAGAGAUGAAAACCACCUUGAAGGGCUUACAUCAUGUGAGAGAAAAUGAAAUAACAAUAAAAUUGAUAUAGAGUUUUGUGUCAAAUUGAUAUAGUUACUAUAAUAUCAGCAUCAGCUCUGUUUUUUUCUUUUGUAUUAAUAUGUAAGCAUUUCUUUACUUUUUUGUUUUUAAAACUUCUUAAAUUCAUUUGGAAACAUUUUAUUUCCCACAUAGUUGAAGAUGAAUUCAAUAAAUGGUUUUAAAGAGUAACAGACUUGGAGUUAGGGAAGACUUACAUUCCAAUAUCAUCAUAGAUAGUGUUAAAUAUGAGUGAGGCACAUUAUCUCUCUGAGCCUGUUCCCUCAUCCAUAAAAUGGGGAUAAUAAUAUUUUUAGUAUUUAUCUCACAGGAUUGUGAAACUCAGAAGAAGAAAAAUGAAUAUAAAGCACUUUGCAGACUUAUAGUGCUAUACAUAGGGGAGCUCUUAUUUUUACUUCAAAACACUUUCAGUUUAUGACUCUCCCUCUGAAAAGGUAGCCUUUCAGUUUUCUGAGCAAAUACUAAUGCUUGAGAGAGAGGAUAAAUGAAUAUGAAAUCGUGUGUUUUGGGUUAAAUUAUAUCUUUAAUAAACCUUUUAAGUUAAACAUUUAAAUAAUAUAUAGGUGUUUCUCUUAUACAAAUAGCAUUCCAAAAUGUAAAGAAUAAAUUAUGGUCAUUUAUGGCUAAUACAGUGUAUUGUUUAAUAGACAUAGACAAGAUCUAUCACUUCUAGAAAUGGUAAUUUCAACACAUUUAAGUACUUUCUUGUGAAGAGCACUAAGUUAGGUCCUAGGGGAGAGGCAAGAUUUAGACACGAGCUUAAUAGAUCUUCCAUCCUAAUAGGUGUAGGAUACAGGCCAAAUUGUUUUAAUGAAGAGUAAUACAUGCAUGAGUUGUAUAUCAAAAUAAAGUGCUCUUUGAGGUGUGGGAAGGUUAGGAAGAGGUCAUUAUUAAGCUUGGGAAUCAUGGCAUCAAUGAAAAAUAAUAUAUUUCUGAUGUAAUAUCUGGCUUGAUAAAAUCUAUUGCUAUGUAUUCCUUUCUCUGUAAUUUUAAGAUUUCAAUGUGCCCCCCCCCCCUCUUUUUUCAAAUGAACCAGGUAUUAACUGCUAUUAACACAUGCAGAAUUAAACAGAGUUCAUAUGUUCUUAGUACUGGGAAUCAUAUAUGGAUUCUUUUUGCUGACAUACCAAAUUAUCUCUUUCUCAUCUAUUUUUAUUUCUAUAAAUUGUUAAAUAAUGCCUUCCAAAUUUAAAAAUAACAAGAAUUGAUUGUUAUGUGAAUACUUUUAGAUUAAGAUGCUGCAUAAAGCCUAUAAAAUAAUCUCUUAUAAGUCUAAACAAAACACAGUUUGCAAAGUAAAUCAAAGAAUUUUCAAUUGUAAGAGGCCUGAGUAGCCAGCUCCUUCAAUUCAUACUUUGAAAAAGGAUUCUCUGUUUUAUACCUGUCUCGUAGAUAUUCAGAAACCUUUCCUGAAAACAUCCAAUGUGCAAGAGAUUGAACCUUCUGAGGCACCCUAUUCUACUUUUGGAUAGCUUUCAUUGUAAAGUUUGCAGUGAUUAAAAUUAUCUCGAGAUUGGUUUUUCUUUAUUUUAAAAUAAAUAUUGACUGGUCAAGACAUCCUUAACUGCAGUCAAAUGACUCAUAAGUCCAACAGAAACUCCUGGCCCAGGUAUAUAUCUAUAUCUAUAUCUAUAUCUAUCUAUCUAUCUAUCUAUCUAUCUAUCUAUCUAUCUAUCUAAUAUAUAUUUGGGAGCUCAUUAUUCAUCCCCUCCCUUGAACUUUCCAAAACAUCUUUAAUUAAUGAUAGCUAAUUAAGAGGUGGCCCAUCAGACCUUCCCCAAACUGAUAGGUGAGGAUUCACAUAUAUGCAGGAAAGGCAUUGUUAUAGAAGUUUUCCUGUAGGCUGAAGUCUAUGAAAGGACCACAUUCCUCAGGACAAAGAAUACAAAAAUUUAUAGACUGAAUAGUGCCAAAACCUCACUCAGGAAUUUAUAAUUCAGGACCCUGAUAUAGAAAUAAUGCAGUAUAGAAAAAACAAAUGUUCACAAGUUUUUCUUUAUACUAAGCCUGGAUUUACUAUGGCCCCAAGUACAGCUCCCCUUAUUGCUGCUACUUUUUUUUUCUCCAGGGCUAAGCGGAACAAGUCCAAUCUCUCUACAUUAGCCCUUCACAUAUUUACAGAGAGCUUUUAUGCCUUUCUUCUACCCCCAGAAAGUUCUCCCUCUAACAUAAAUGAGUUAACAGGCAGAGCACUUUGUAAACCUUAAAAUGCUAUAGAAAUUGGCAGCUGUUAUGAGAUAUCUCCAGUUCCUUCAUGUGGCAACAACUUAAGAUCCAUCUCCAUCCUCUUUAGCCUUCGCUUGGGCAUUCCAGUUUUCCAGUGUCCUACCUAAAAUGUGGCACUGGAUUUGAUGGUAUUCCAAAUAUCAUUUGACAAGGGUACAAGAUUUUUGCCUUCUUUAUCUGAACUCUCAUUGCAUCCUAAGAUGGCAUUAGCUUUCUUGGCUGCCAUAUCACAUUAUUGAUUCAUAUUGAGCUUAUGAUUCCCCAGAUAGUUUUCAGAAUAACUGAUGUCAGUGAUUCCUUCAUCUUAUACAAACUGUUCCAUCUCUCAGUGAAAUUUUAGCUUGAAUAACUUCAGAAAAAUAAGUGCUACAAAUGUAUUUAAAAAUCAAACUAGAAAUGUUGAUUAAUUAAAUUUUAAAUUAUUGACAGAUUCCAUAUUAAAAUACUGCAUAACUAUUGUUUGUCUUGCGCUUUACUUCACCUUAGGACAGCUAUGUGUCUCCGUGAAUAGAGUGCUGAGCCUGGAGUCAGGAUGAGUUGGGCCUUAGACACUAAUAGCUACGUGAACCUGGGCAAGUCACGUAACAUGUAAUGUGGGCCUCAGUUUUCUUAUCUAUAAAACAAGUUGGAAAAAGAUGGCAAACCAUUCCAGUGUCAUUGCCAAGAAAACCCCAAAUGGGGUCAUGAAGAAUUAGACACAUCUAAAAUGACUAAACAGAACAAUUAAGAAACAUUUAUUAAGUGUUUACUAUGUGUAAUGAAUUGAAUGAUCACUGGGCUACAAAUAGAAAAUUGACAUGGAUUCUUGCUAUUAUGGAGCUUAUAUCCUAACAUGGAAUGGAGCUGCAAGUUAGAUGGAAAGAUCCUGUGGUUCUUAGUGUGCAAUAGCAAAGGAAAUGACUGCAUUUUUUAAAAUGCCACUUAAACUGACAAGUUCAUUUGCAUUUUUUAUAUCAAACCAUUUGAUGGGGCCAAGGAUUUUGGUCAUAACUUUCUUUUUCAAGCCUAGUAGCUAUGUCUACUAAGGAGGGAAGAUCACAGUUUCAUGUUAGUCUUCCUGGAUGUUAACUUUGGGACUAAGUUGAAAGCAGCAUGGUGUUUGGGUAGGUGGAAGGUACAGUAUUACUAUUUCCAAAUCUCUCACACUUAACUACACAUUCAUGAUAGCUGGGCAGGGGUUGGUAAUCAUCUGCUUUUAAAAUUACCUUUCUAGAAUUUUCCAAAUAAAUGAAAUCAAGCUUUAUUGGCCUAAAUCAACAAACAGCAGAUUCUUUAAUUCUGUUUAUAAAUCAAUUUUGCUAUAAUGUUUGUUUUGAAAAUGUAAAUUGCUUCUAGCAUGAUUUGAGCACAAUAUAAAUUUUGUGUUUGCUUAUGCUCAAUUUUAUUGAUUCAGUGCACCACUUUUUAAUUAAUUAUUUUGUUUAGUCAUUUCAGUUGUGUCCAGCUAUUCAUUACUCCAUUUGGCAUAUUCUUGGCAAAGAUACUGGAAUAGUUUGCCUUUUCCUUUUCCAGCUCAUUUUACAGAUGAGAAACUGAUGCAAACAGGAUUACAUGACUUGCCCUGGAUCUCAUAGCUCCAAGUGUCAGCCCUGAUUUGAACUCAAUCUGACUCCAAGCUUAGCACUGUAUCCUUGUUCCACCUACCUGCACCAUUUCACAGUGGCUCAUAAACUGAAACCUUUCCCAUGCACACUUCUAUAAUCACACUUCUUGUUGGUAGCUGCUGGCCUCUGUUAAAGGGAUUUUCUUAAUCUCUCCCUCUGUCUCUUUAAGAGGCAAAGAGUGCAGAAUUUCUAAGCAGAGGAGAACUGGCAGGUGCCAGUUAGCCAGAGCUGAAGAUUCCAUUCCCUAGGAGAUGAGGAAGUUAGAGAGAGAGAGAGUUGGCAGGUGAAGGAUUUUUGGUCUUCAGAUCUUGAGAGGGGAGGUUGGUCUCUGAUACACGAGGCUGCUACUGCUAGUUUACUGGCCACUGGAGGAUAAAUCUGAUUUAAGGAGGUGGUGGGUGGUAGCUGUUGAUUCCUUAGUGUAGAUAGGUAGAAAAUAUUUUAUAGAUAAGAGUAGGAUGGAUGAAGCACCUGUCCUUGAAGACAGAGUAGGGUUUUUAGAAUUUUAGAUAGUAUUGGGAAUUUAGGCAGAGUCAUAGGGUAUUAAAAUAAUCAUCUCUCCUCCUUUCUAUUUUCUAUCUGUACUUCUCAAAAUAAGUGUUUUAUUAAACUGCUCUCCUCACUUUUGUCAAACUACCAUUUAACCCUUACAUUUGUGACCUGUGGGAGCCAGGGUACAGGCUGAGUAGCAGUUAGAGGCUAAGGACUACCACUAUUUAUUGUAGUAUUCAUGUUUUUUUUUUUAACUAUUUAACAUGAAGCUGUCCUACCAUUUUUUUAGUUUCGUAUUUUUUUAAUGUGUCACUGACAGUUUUUGGAGUGUUGUGCCCUGAACCCUGUUCCCAUAAGCUCUUUGGUUUUGACUGUAUGAUUUUGCAUUUUACAGUGAUUUUUAGGAGCACGUAUUUAGUUAUAGCAGAUAUAUAGAUAUAUUGUAUCUCUCAUUCAAUUAAGGAUUGAAGAUAAUGUAAUGUAAUCAUUGGCAAAAGACUUACUGUUUCAUUCUCAUAUAUUUAUCCAGGAUGCCAUUGAUUUUUUUAUUACUGGUUUUUAUUUUUUAUACAUAACAAUAUAAUAUGUAACAUAAACAUGACUUGUUAUAAAUUUGCGUAUCCAACAGAAACAAAUUCUCACUUUACCUAUGCCACAAAUCUCUUACUUCCCUCACCUCUACCCCGUCCCUCUUCCUAAGAAGGCAGGUAAUAAUAGACUGUACAUAUGUUAUCAUAUAAUACAUAUUUCCCUGUUCAUCAUAUUGUGAAAAAAAGACAUAUUGCUUAUACUAGGGAAAAAUUCAUGGAGUAAAUAAAAUGAACAAUAGUAUGUUUCAA